AUGAUAUCAACUCAGUCCAGUCCCUUGGUGACAUACCUGGAUUUCUCUAUACCUGACAGAGUGGUGCUAACCUACACCAACGACUCCUUCUAUUUUGACUUCAAUUCUUCUUUCGGUUCAUGGGAAAACGAUACGUCAUCGUCGCCCACACCUUCAGCACCAUCAUGGUGGUGGUCGCACUACCCAAGUGGCUUCUCUUGGCCGCACAUCAUCGGUGGGGCCAGCAUUAUCACCGUAAUUAUCCUAAUAAUCAUUUUUGGAAAUUUUCUAGUCAUUUGGGCCAUUAUCCACGACCGCACACUUAAAACGACACAGAACCUUUUUAUUGCCUCGCUGGCAUUCGCAGAUUUCUUUUUGGGACUAAUUGUCAUACCGUUUUCAUUGACUAAUGAGCUGAUCGGCUACUGGCUGUUUGGUGUUAUUUGGUGCGAGCUGUAUAAAGCAAUCGACGUUCUGCUAUGCACCGCCUCCAUCAUGUCUUUAUGCCUGAUAUCUCUGGACAGAUACUGGUCAAUCACUAGGGCUGUCCACUACGCACGUCAGAGAACAAGAAAACGAGCGGCUGUGAUGAUCUUCACAGUGUGGUUUAUUUCCGCCGUAGUUAGCAUUCCACCAUUGAUCGGAUGGAAGCAGCCUACACAGGAGUCUCAGUGGCCCUUGUGUAACCUUAGCAAAGAUAUAGGCUACGUUGUGUAUUCAGCUUUGGGUUCCUUUUUCAUACCUGCCUUCAUUAUGGUGUUUGUAUAUUACAAAAUAUAUCAGGCAGCGAAGGAGCGAGCUAGAAAAACCGUAAAGGCACCAACGUGUGCUUCAGACUCCAAAGCGGAUCAUAAACAUUCGACAGAGUCCAGCAUAACGGAUCACGGAGGCAACAGGGAAGAUUCUCAUGAUAUAGAAGACAUGACUGCUGAACCAGAUGAUGGAGACGGUGAAGACAAGGUGAACGAAGGAACAGCCCUGGACACUACAUGUGAAAGUGUUGCACCAACUACAUCAGAUGACGAAGCUAACCUUCAGGUUCGAAAGGCCAGGGAAGUCCUUGCUAGUGAUACUAAAGAGGAGUAUUCUCAUCUUCUGUCUACUGACUCUGACUCAACAGAACCAGGGGCAAAGCCGCUGAUAAGGGUAACACACGGUGGAGAUGGAUUCGAACCAGGGCCCACAUAUGACAUAGAUAUUUCCGUACACAGACCUGUAAGCACUACGAGCUUUUCCAAUGCUAUGGUUCCAAAUGACAAUCACAACAACGGAUCGCUUCGCCGGUUUAAGAUCGUUGAACUUCGAGCAAACGGUAAUUCUGCAGUGUCUAUCAAUGCCCAAAUUAACACUGAGAAAACCACAGUUCUCGAAUCGCUUAGAAAACAUCUCUUAAUAAGAACGAAAAACAGCCGUAAACGAAAACAGACUGUUGUUCGCCCUGAUGUUGGUGAACCAGUUGACUUUCAGACCACACAACGACAGAAACGAAAGCUGGCCAAAGCUAGAGAGCGACGAGCCACAGUCGUUCUAGGGCUUGUCAUGGCCGCAUUUAUAUUAUGCUGGCUCCCAUUCUUUGCCUUGUACUUAGCGUCUGCUUUCUGCCCAGGCUGUUUUCCAGACAUGGUGUUUAGCGUAUUUUUCUGGAUUGGUUACUGUAAUUCCGCGCUAAAUCCGAUCAUCUACACUGUUUUUAAUAGAGACUUUCGUCGAGCUUUUCAAAAAAUAAUAUUUGGCAGACGACAGGUGCGACGGUGA